CACCAGCGCCGUUAACAAAAUGGCCGCAUACACGAUUAUUUUGAUGCUACACGUUUUCUACACUUGUCCGUCUAUUUUUUGUGUUUAAGAAUCAAGUUGUGCUGUCUUCUUCUGUUUAGUCGCAACUCUGGUGCGAAAGAUGACGGCGGACGACAUUAAACGCAAGACACAGGAGUUUCUAAGCGAUAAAAGACAUUCGAACAACCUCGUGGAUAUAAUUGCCGGCUUGCUCUCCGACGAGAACAGAGUAGUGACCGCAAGCAUAAACGCAACAAACCAAGUGUUUUGCCACCUUUUACAGACGUCGACAGUGCUCACAGACACAUGUGACGAAACGGUGCAAGAAGCCAUCGGAAAAUACAAUGACUGGCUACGUGACAGGUUUGUGGAUGCGCAAAACGGUCUGCUGGACAUGCUGUCCACAGGGCAAACGAAACACCGUCUGCUGUGCCUUGAUACGCUCAUGAAAUGGAUAGAGCUUGAAGCGAACUGCAAGAAGCCCGGCGAGCAUCAUGUCCCACAUGCGAAACUCGAACGCGUUGUGUACGCCCUCCUGUCCAGUGACGUAGACAUGAAGGAUGUCGUGGACAAAUUCGGAGAAUAUAUGAAGCUUGCAGAUGUAAAAACGUUCACGCUCAAAUUUCUCCUGAAGGCGACGAAAGAGUGGAAACGGUCCCCACCAAAUGAACAGUAUUUGAAGAACAUGUACUGCCUCAUUCGAAACAUCGACAUAGCACAGAGGCCACCGUCGGAUAAAGUGCCCGUGCCAGUCCUGGGUGGAGAGAAGGUCUUUGUUGUCAACGCCGAACAGGACGUGAAGAGGAUCUCGGCCGUGUGGAUAAGCUUCAUUGCGCAGAAACUACCUGUGAAACUCUAUAAGGAACUACUUAUUCUUCUGCCCGACAAAAUAAUCCCACACCUCCACAAUCCGCUCCUUGUUGCAGACUUUUUCAUCGAGUCUUACAAUCGAGGUGGAGCGCUGAGCCUGAUGGCUCUCAACGGCCUGUUCAUCCUCAUCCACAAGUAUCACCUCGACUACCCAAACUUCUACGAGAAGCUGUACGCUCUCCUUGUCCCAGAUGUUUUCUACCAAAAGUACAGAGCCCGUUUCUUCUUCUUGAUGGAUUUGUUUCUGUCGUCCACUCACAUACCCGCGUACCUCGUUGCUGCUUUCGCAAAGAGGUUAGCGCGGCUAGCACUGACGGCACCGUCGUACGGAUUGCAGUACGUCAUACCUUUCAUUGGCAAUCUCAUGAUACGACACAAAGGACUUGAUUUCCUUAUUAAUAGCGACGGUGAGGAGGAUAUGAAGACCGAUCCCUACGAUGAGAACGAGCCCGACCCAUCAAAAUGCCGAGCUACCGAGAGUUGCCUGUGGGAAUUGAAGACCCUGCAAAGCCACUGGCAUCCCGAUAUUGCGAAGAAAGCACGUUUCAUCGAAAACCCUCUUCAGAGAGUCGAAUGUGACAUUUCCCAGACCCUCGAAGACGGUUACAGAGAGAUGAUGCUGAAAGCUAAAAAGAAGAAGUACAAAGAGGCACCUGUGAACUUUCACCAGCCUACAGGAAUCUUGCAGCAAAAAGAAGAAUGCUUGAGUCAACUGUGGGACCUCGAAUGAUGCGAUGUAUAAAAAUGCUAGUUGAUGUAAAUAAAUUAUUUUCAUUUUC